CUAUUAUUAUUGUUAUAAAAUCAGCUUCCCUCCCUUUGGUUUUCCCCACUUUUAAUUUUUCAUGUAUAAUCUUAAGAAUAAGCGUGGUUUUGGCAUUAUUCAUCAACAGUAGACGUCGAGCAACUCACCUAUACGUUACUCCAAUAAAUAAAUAAUAAAAAAUCAAUUAAAUAUAAUUUUUUUUUUUUAUAUCAAUGAUUUGAUAAUAAUUAUACUCUGUGAUGAAAAAUAAUAUAAUGACAUUUAAAAAAAAAAAUGAUUAUUUAUAGGACAAAAAUGUUUGUGUUCAAAUUAAAUAAUUGUUGUUUAUUUUUUAUUAUUUUUAAUUUUAAAAUAUGUAGUUAUAUUGCGACUCCAGAUGGACUUAACUCACCUGAAAUCUUACCAAUUUUUCUUAAUAAUUCAAAUAUUGAUAAUCAAAAAUUGGAAAAUCUUCCAAAAGUUGGUAAAUGCUGUUUAAUUGGUCAAGGUUUAUUUCGUGAUAAUAAUGGUGUUGUUAAAUGUGACAAUUUAAAUUCAACACAUUAUUCAAAUUUUUUACCAGUAUUUAGUAAUUUUAAUAAAAGUGGUUUACUUGUGCCUGGUAAAAUAAUGAAACGUUUUAUUACAUUUAUUGGUAAUCCUUGUCAAUACAAAAGGUAUAUGUUAGAGCCAGAAAUACUGAGUGAUGACGAGCAUUAUUUAUUACGAAAUGGAUCGAUUUUUGCUCCAAAUCAUUUGCCAACUAUGCUCUUUCCAGGGAUCGAUUACUGCAUGGAAAUUGUCCCCGAGUUUGGCCCUGAAAAUUUUCUAAGAACACUUGUUUGUGCCCAUAAAGAAGACGAAACAAACACUGCCGACUUUCGUUUGACUUUCUACGCCUGCGGCCUUUUAAUUUCAGUACCAUUUUUAAUUUUAACAAUAAUUGCUUACUGUAUUACACCAAGACUGAUGGAUGUACAUGGAAAAUCAGUAUGUCACUAUUGUGGCUGUUUGAGUAUUGCAUUUUUAUCAUUAGCCUUUGUACAAUUAACUAGUAAUUAUUUAUCUGAUGAUUUUUGCAUCUCAGCAGCUUUUGUGAUACAAUUUUCAUUUAUUGCUUGUUUUUUUUGGCUCAAUGUCAUGAGUAUUGAAACAUAUCAAUUGACAAAAAGAUAUAUGGCCAAUGGAUAUUCUGCACCAUACGAACCAAAAAGACUUUUUUUUUAUUAUUCAUUAUGGGCUUGGAUUCCACCAGCAGUUCUUAUUAUUAUUUCAAUGAUCAUGGAUCUCAGUCCGACAGUACCUAUUUCAUAUGUAAAACCAAAUUUUGGAUCACAAAGCUGCUGGUUUGAGUCUCACACAGAUGCAAUGCCAUAUUUUUACAUACCAAUCGGCCUAUUGUUGUCUGCAAAUGUUGUUUUAUUUAUACUAACAGCAAUUGCAAUAACACGUCAUCAACGUGAUUUAGAUCUUCGUCGUUUACGUCAAAUGAAUAGAGAAACAAAUCGUCAUGAACGAAUGACAUUGCGCCGAUUAAAACGUCUUUUUUUAGUAUGUUUAAGUUUAUUUUUUUUAAUGGGUAUUAAUUGGACAAUGGAGGUCAUAUCAUGGUGGGUUACUGAUCCAAAUAGUGAUCCAGCACCACUUGCUUGGUCUGCAUUUGAUCUUAUAAAUGCACUUCAAGGUGUUCUUAUAUUUGGCAUUUUUGUAUUACGUAAACCAAUACGACAAUUAGUUUGGUAUCAAAUAAAAAAAUUAUUUGAUGUUAAUGCAAUCGAGCCAGAAAUUGCAAGUAAAGAUCGUAGUUUACUCAAUGUUCUUAAUAUUGACGCAGUACAUACAUCAAAUUAGUUAGUUAAUUAUUUAUAUAUACACUUUUUUUUUUUUAAUUAUACAAGAUAAAAAUACAUGUGAAUAAAGUCAUUUUUCAUGUUGACAAUUUAAUGACAAAUUUAUAUUAUUUGAAAUGUUUUUAUAUAUUAGGAAAAUAUUUCAUGUACUUUUUUAUUUGAAUUUAAUAAUGCCAGUCAACAUUAAUUAAUUAAGUAUACUCAACAUUGUAAUUUUAUAUUUAUUUAUAUUUUAUUAUUGAAUUUUUAGUUUAACCUAGUCAUUAAAAUCCAAAUACAAAAUAAAUACAGAUAGUGUAAAAUUAUGUAUAUAUAAAAAAAUAACAAAUAGAAAAACAAACUGCAAAUCACGUCAUUUAAAAUACAUACAUGUAUAAAUUUUUAAUGAUGAUAAAUUAUUAUUGAUAAUGAAUUGUA